AUGGCUACUGCUGACGCUAAAAAUCCACCCAACGUCCCUAGCGGUUGGGUGGCCAAAUAUGAUGAACAAUACAAGACUUAUUUCUAUGUCGAAUUGAGCACCAAGAAGUCUCAAUGGGAAGCUCCUGCUGGUACCACUUUUGGCGCCACUACUGAUGUCCCACCACCGGCCUAUGCUCCGGAGGAAUCUAAGAAACAGCAACCACUGCCACUGCCUCUGCCAUCGCAGCAACUGCAGGGAGACAAAGGCUUGUUUAGCAGACACCGUCCUCAACAACAAGGUUAUCCACCUCAACAACAAGGUUACCCACCUCAGCAACAAGGUUACCCACCUCAGCAACAAGGUUACCCACCUCAACAACAAGGGUACCCACCACAGCAACCUGGUGGGUAUGGAGGAUACCCACCACAAGGAGGUGGUUACGGAGGAGGUUAUCCACCUCAAGGAGGAUAUGGGGGAUACCCACCACAAGGAGGAUAUGGUGGAUACCCACCUCAACAACAACAGUACUACCAACAACAACAAUACCAACAACAAAGGCCUAGUAGAUUUGGAGGAGGCGGUGGUGGUAUGGGAAUGGGUGGUGGUAUGGCCAUGGGUGCCUUGGGUGGUCUUGCAGGUGGUAUGCUUUUAGGAAACAUGAUGGAACAUGGACAAGAAGAUGCAUACAGAGAGGGCUACCAAGACGGUAAUAAUGACGAUUAUGGUGGAGGCGAUUAUGGUGGAGGUGAUGAUUUCGGAGGUGGUGACUUUUAA